AUGCUCGUCCAACAACACCCACUACCACUGCCAUCACCGCUCCCGGAGCCGGCGCGUGAUUACUCCUACGACUCGCAGCUACCUCCGCCGUCUAGGUUCCAGAUACGAGUCGACGUUGCCAACUCACGGACAAUUCGGCCUGAUGGUCCAGCGGUCACAAGCCCGUCCUAUACAAUCCGACCGGCAACACUGGAGGACGCGCCCGCAAUCGCACACCUCGGCGCGACGGUGUUUUCUGCAACCUUUGCCUUCUCGAUCCCUGCGCAUGAUCUCAAGGCGUUCCUGAACGAGGCAUACACUGUGGAAGCCAUUGAGAAGGAUAUCAGUUGUCCGAGGAAGCAUGUCCUUAUAGCUUGCGCGAGCGCGAAGUCGAAUGACUCACGGGGAGAAUCCGCCAGUUCGAACGACGGGAAGGUUAGUGGGGACAGUGGCGACGACGCUAACGUCGAAGUCGGAGAAGCCAACGACUCAGUAAUCGGCUUUGCACAACUCACUGAAGGGACCACCGAGCCAUGUCUCUCACAUCUCCGUUCCAGCGUUGAGCUUCAGCGCUUAUACGUCUCGACAGCGCACCACGGUCAUGGGGUAGGAAAAGCGCUGGCGCGUGAGAUCGAAUUGCUCGCCCGGAGCUUAGGGUACAGGUCCUUGUGGUUGGGUGUUUGGGAAGGAAAUUUCAAGGCCCAAAGGGUCUAUGAAGGGUUGGGGUUCACAAAGGUCGGGGACCAUGAGUUCAAGAUGGGGAACUGUAUCCAGAUGGAUUGGAUCAUGUGUAAGGGGUUGUGA